UCAAAACAGAGCGACAGUUAGCUAUGUGGCUAGCUAGAGCAUGUAUUUGAUUCAAAUAUGGAAAAAAAGAGGUUUAAUAUCAACCUGGACGACUCUGCCUUCACAAAAGAAAGAGCCCCGGUGAAACCCCUGUUCCAGCCCUCCUCUAAGGCAGGCCAGAGUGCAGCAGCAUCAUCAUCAUCAACCACCUCUGAGACCACAGCUCAGCCUGCACCCCCGUCUGCUGGCCAACCACUAUCCUACGCAGAGUUCAUUGUCCAGAGCAAAGGCCAUGCACCUCCGAGAGUCCCCUCAGCUCCACAGAGAGUGGGGGUGUCCAGGGUGGCUGCAGGGACUGGGACCGGGAUAGAUACAGAGACUGGUAGUUUGAAGCAGGGUCUCAGUCAAGGAGCACAAGGUGGGCCUGAUGUGCUGUCGUCGUCGUCCUCUGUGGGGUGUGAGAGGCCUCAGGACCAGGCCCAGGGGACAAAGGAUCUGGGUUCUGGUGGACCACCAGGGGUUACAGAGGGAGAGGGGCAGAGGGCUGGGACUGAGCAGAAGCAGGGGGAGGGUCAAGGGUCAGAGGGCAGCAACAUCCUAGGUCAUCCUAAACCAGUGGGGUCUGGUAAUAGUAUCAUAGUCAGCCCCAGACAGAGAGGAAACCCCAUUCUGAAGUUUGUGAGGAGUGUGCCUUGGGAGUUUGGAGAAGUGGUCCCUGACUAUGUCCUUGGACAGACAACCUGCGCUCUCUUCCUCAGUCUGAGGUACCACAACCUCAACCCCAACUACAUCCACGACCGUCUCAAACUGUUGGGCCAGACCUUCAUCCUCAGGGUUCUACUGGUGUUAGUUGAUGUGAAAGACCCUCACCAUUCUCUGAAAGAGCUGGCUCGUAUCUGCAUCAUGGCUGACUGCACUCUCAUCCUGUCCUGGAGUCCAGAGGAGGCGGGGCGUUACCUAGAGACGUACAAGUCCUAUGAGAAGAAACCAGCUGAUCUGCUGAAGGAACAUGUGGAGAAAGACUACCUGUCGAAGGUGACGGACUGUCUGACCACUGUGAAGUCUGUCAACAAGACUGACUCCAUCACUCUGCUGUCAACCUUCUCUUCCUUAGAGGGGAUCAUCAAUGCAGCUAAAGAGGACCUGGUUCUCUGUCCUGGACUGGGACCACAGAAGGCCAGGCGUCUCUAUGACGUGCUACACCAGCCCUUCCUCAAGGCCAAGAAGAAAGACAGCUGACCCACAGACAGUCCUUACUACUCUACUGUUGACCUUUCUCCUCAGCAGGAAACUGGCUUCCAUUAUGGCCCACCUCUAUCCUAAGGACUGUUUCAACUGGGAACAGGACCCAUUAUGGCCCACCUCUAUCCUAAGGACUGUUUCAACUGGGAACAGGACCCAUUAUGGCCCACCUCUAUCCUAAGGACUGUUUCAACUGGGAACAGGACCCAUUAUGGCCCACCUCUAUCCUAAGGACUGUUUCAACUGGGAACAGGACCCAUUAUGGCCCACCUCUAUCCUAAGGACUGUUUCAACUGGGAACAGGACCCAUUAUGGCCCACCUCUAUCCUAAGGACUGUUUCAACUGGGAACAGGACCCAUUAUGGCCCACCUCUAUCCUAAGGACUGUUUCAACUGGGAACAGGACCCAUUAUGGCCCACCUCUAUCCUAAGGACUGGUUCAACUGGGAACAGGACCCAUUAUGGCCCACCUCUAUCCUAAGGACUGGUUCAACUGUACUGUUGUUUUUUUACAUUUCUAUAAAAAUAAAACACUAGAAAAUAGAUCUUGAGUCAAUA